UGUGCGGUAGCGCCUGCCCCUUUGCUAGCCGCCGGGGCCCGUCCCGGUUCGGGGAGUCCACUCGUCCGUCCGCAGUCGUGCUGGGGAGCCUCGCGGGCCGGGCUCGAGAAGCCGUUCACGCCGGCGGCAGCGGGGGAUGGAAACGGGGAACGCGGACAGCUACUCCCUUCAGCAAGCUCAAGCAUUUUAUACCUUCCCGUUUCAACACAUGCUGGCCGAGGCUCCUCUGAUGGACACCGUGAGCCAACAGCCAAUGCCGGCUGAAGUUCCACUCCCAGCCCCCGCCCAGGAGCUUGCGCAAGAAGCCCGAAAAGGAAGAAAGAGAAAACCCAGAACAACAGAACCCAAGAAGCCAGCCGAACCCAAAAAGCCUGCCACACCCAAGAAAUCCGGCAAGUCCGCAAAGGCUAAAGACAAACAAGAGAAAAUCACCGAUACGUUUAAAGUCAAAAGGAAAGUAGACCGCUUCAAUGGGGUGUCGGAAGCUGAGCUCCUGACCAAGACUCUCCCCGACAUCUUGACCUUCAAUCUGGAUAUUGUGAUUAUUGGCAUCAACCCAGGACUCAUGGCUGCGUACAAAGGCCAUCACUACCCUGGACCCGGAAACCACUUCUGGAAGUGUCUGUUCAUGUCCGGGCUGAGCGAGGUGCAGCUCAAUCACAUGGACGACCACACCCUGCCUGGGAAGUACGGGAUUGGAUUCACCAACAUGGUGGAGAGGACGACUCCGGGCAGCAAGGAUCUUUCCAGUAAAGAAUUUCGUGAAGGCGGACGUAUUCUAGUGCAGAAAUUACAGAAAUAUCAGCCACGAAUAGCGGUGUUUAAUGGAAAAUGUAUCUAUGAAAUCUUUAGUAAAGAAGUGUUUGGAGUGAAGGUUAAGAACUUAGAAUUCGGACUACAGCCUCAUAAGAUCCCAGACACCGAAACACUAUGCUACGUCAUGCCGUCGUCCAGCGCCCGGUGCGCUCAGUUUCCUCGCGCCCAAGACAAAGUGCAUUACUACAUCAAACUGAAGGACCUGCGGGACCAGCUGAAGGGCGUGGUGCGAAACACAGACAUUCAGGAGGUGCAAUACACGUUUGACUUACAGCUCGCCCAAGAGGAUGCAAAGAAGAUGGCUGUGAAGGAAGAGAAGUACGACCCGGGCUAUGAAGCAGCGUACGGUGGUGCUUACGGCGAGAAUGUCUGCCAUCGUGAACCGGGGAGCUGCUCUUCCAACGGGAUCACAGCCGAGGGUGCAGAAUUACCUGGAGAAUCAGCGCUGAGUGACAAUCCAAACGGGCAGUGGAUGACCCAGUCAUUUACAGACCAGGUCCCCUCCUUUAAUAGCCCCUGUGAAACGCAAGCCCCGGAAGAAGGAAACCAGGCCUAAGGAUCGCGUUUCUCAAUGCUGCUGAAAUGCUGCAGUUUUAAUGCAGUGGUCAAGACACGGAAGUGUUUUCUCAGUGCUCUGUGUAGUGGUCUAGUCGUAGUCUGCAGCAGUUGUGUAAUAGACUCAACUGUGUGAAUUGGGUAGUUUGGAAGAAAGACAUGGGGAUUUUUUGUAUAUGAGUUUUUGUAUUUGAAUUAACCAUCAUUCCAGUGUUUUAUAAACUGUUCAGUUAUGAAGAUACUGAUUUUCUUUGGAGAGCUACUUUUAAUCUGUAAUAUUUAAACACAACAGUCUGAAUAUUUAUAGUUAAAUUUUAACUCACUGUGGCUAAAACUAGAAUACACCCUUAUCCCUUUUAUGCCCGAGAAGGGCAUGCUGAUGAGUGAUCACUGGGGAGGAGGCUUUUGCAGGUGGAGCCAACCCUCCGCGGCGGCUCUCUGGGCAGUUUCUAGAGGUGUGGGGGUUCUCUGCAUCAUACACUCAGACCUCUGUCUGACCGGUGGCGAGCAUCUGAGGCUGGCUUGUUCUGGGGAGGUGGAGUUUGGCCUUGCUGCUGCAAAGCUCAACCGACCUUACCUGGCGAGGCAUGGUGCCCUGGCUUUGGCGUUCACCCUGUCUGUGUCAAGCCUCUGCUUGGCAGCAAUGAUUCUUCGGAGAUGGUACGUCCCAGAGGGUGCAGUAGACCUUGUACAUUUUGCCACUCCAUUGCUCUACUUGAGACCUAAACUUGAAAGCAGAGGAACCGACCUUCUCACUCCACAUCUGUCCUCUUCUCAUCUUUCCCUCCCUGGUUUUGUGGCUGUGACGUGAAGUGGUAAGGCAGGCUGAUCGAGACAAUGCUGGAAGGGUUUGAUGAUCUUAUAUAAACUGGUGCUUUUUAUGAGUGUGAAAUGUACAUAAAUAUAAAUUUUUUCUUGAUAACCAGUAAUUUAAGAAACUUUGUUCUCAUUGCUGUUGGGUCCUGUGGGCUCCGUGUGCCACACGGGAAGGGUCCAUGACGGGGGCUUGUGUGUGAGUGCCCUGUACAGCUCUCCUUGGUGCUACAAGCUUGUCCGCAGCGGCUGGGUCUGUGGCUCUGAAGAUGCAGUGUGCUUUCACGUACUCCCCAUCAGCCUGAAUGUGCCGGUGUCAGACUGACGCAGGGAGCAUGCUGUAGUUUUCAAUAUGAAAUGUUUUUGAGGCUUCCCCCACCCCUGGGCCACACACGCACAGAGGAAAGGCCCUGUUCUCUUUAUAAUAAGAGAAGCAAAUUCUUGUGGUGAAUCUAAACAUGUCUUCUAGCUGUGGCUGUGGUAGAACUUGCUCUCUCUGCAUCUAGGUCAAGGCAGUUCAGUCCUCGCGUGAUUUAAAUGAUGUACUGUACUGCUGUUUACAUGGGCCUUCUGUGCGGGUGCUCGGAAGUGCCUUGCGUCAGGGAUUAGGAGCAACUGAACUCUUUUUUCAUGGGAUUCUGUAAACCAUGUAACUAGGUUUUGCUUUGGUGUACAAUUAUUGUUGCUUUCCGAUAGAUUUGAUUUCUCUCUUUUCAUUUGAGUGGAUGAAAUACCCGUUUAAUUAUGACAGGCAUUCUCCAGAGAGUGGAAUUGAAGAUUUUCACGAACAACAUGAAUGCAUAGUAAAUGUUGGCUUGAUCAUGUACAUGACGGCGUGAGACUUUGUCAUUCAAUAAUAGGGAAAAGGUUUUUCAAUUCAUUUUAAAGUCUGAUGGUUUUUACAAUAAAGAAUAUUAAGAAUGCA